AAAGAGUUAAAACGACGACGUAUGUUGAUAAUCUCUAAAUGACGUCGUUUGAUUGAAAAUGUCGUAAGAAAAAUCGAUCGAAACGGUUAGCGAAUCGAAGCAGAGAGAGCUUCAAUGGCUGUCACUUCUUCCUCUAUGCUGCUGCUUCGGAACUUCUCUACGGUGGGAAGAGUUGCUCAAUCUGUUCGUGUGACUUCGAGGAUCUUCUUCUCCACCGGAGAAUUGAUUAGGGUUCUUCCUUAUACUCGUUCUAAAAGAUUGAUCUGUUCUACUCGUGCUGCUCAUAAUGAAGAAGCCGCCGCGAAAGCUGCGGCUUCUGUUGCUGACACCGGAGCUCCGACCAUAUUUGACAAGAUUAUAGCAAAAGAGAUUCCCUCAGAUAUUGUCUAUGAAGAUGAAAACGUUUUGGCAUUCAGAGACAUUAACCCUCAGGCUCCUGUUCAUGUUUUGGUCAUUCCCAAGUUGAGAGAUGGCUUGACCUCGCUUGGCAAGAUUAAGAUUUUACCUGAAACAUAUCUUCCUCUGAACCGCCGUCGCAGGCUGAACCAAGACACGUAGAGGUUCUUGGCCAACUUCUACAUGCAUCGAAGAUUGUUGCUGAGAAAGAAGGAAUCCUUGAUGGGUUCCGUGUGGUUAUCAACAACGGUGUUGAAGCCUGCCAAUCUGUUUACCAUCUUCAUCUGCACGUCCUCGGAGGCCGACAGAUGAAAUGGCCACCCGGUUAAGAAGAAAGAUUCAUGUCAACCCAAAGCCAACGUGCUCCAAAAUUGUCAACUACAAUCCUUUCUUAUAUGGUUUAUGAGUUUUUACCACUAUCGGAUUUUAUCCAGUUGUGAAUUCCUAGAGAUUAGAUAGCUUCCAUUUCCAAUUGUUAUCGAAUUCUUUUUCUUUUUUCAUUGUUAGAAAUAAAUACUAACAAUUUAUAUGAUAUGAGUAGUUUCUCUCCUACAAUUAUCGUAUAUGGAUCUGUACAUAUUAAUGAGAGUUAGGAGAACACAACA